GCAGGCGCUGCCGUAACUACUGCUUGCCGCUGAGACGCGCAGUCAGUAGUAAAGAUCAGUAGCUGACGCGCCUUUCGCGGAUUAAGCACAAUGUAUUUUUCUCGCAAAUCCGAGGUAGACAUUCACAAACGGGACAUCGAUUAUAGUCUUCAGUUAAAUCGUUGGAUCUUAAAGUCAAUAGGCGUUUGGCCUGAAUCAUCCACGAGCUCGAAUAUCGAGAAAAUUUUAUCAAAAAUUCUGAGAAUAACAUGUCACUCCCUGAUAGCUUUCACUGUCAUACCUUCAAUAUUAUAUAUUCUUUUUGAGGAAAAGGACAUCCAUUUAAAAUUAAAAGCUAUAGGACCCGCGAGUCAUUGGCUUAUGGGUGGUAUAAAUUACUGCUCGCUAUUAUAUCAAAAUAAACAGAUACGUAAAUCCAUCAUGCACAUGGAAACCGAUUGGCGUAUGGCAAAAAGAGAGGACGAUCGGAAAGUGAUGCUGAAGAACGCGAACAUAGGUCGCUAUAUAGCGAGCACUUGUGCGCUGAUCAUGCAGGGUGGUGUUCUCGCUUAUAACGUGACGAGAGCAAUAUCACCUACGGUCGUGGUUAUUGGCAAUGAAACAAUAGCAAUUGGGCGUUUACCAUGCCCAUCUUACAACAAAAUCAUUGAUACCAGGUUCAGUCCAAUAUACGAAGUCAUAUUUACGUUACAAUUUAUUUCUGGCAUAGUAGUAAAUAGCACCACGGUCGGUGCAUGCGGUCUCGCUGCAGUUUUCACGAUGCAUGCCUGCGGUCAGCUUACUAUAGUGAUGUCGCGACUCGAGGAACUCGUCGAAGAUAAACGGCGCGAUAUUAUAGUUCAGAGAAAACUAGCGAAUCUCGUGGAACGUCAUCUGCGAGCAUUAAGGUUUAUUUCGCGCAUGGAAAUAAUUAUGCGUCAAAUUUGUUUUGUGGAAUUAGUCGGAUGUACAUUCAACUUAUGUAUGCUUGGGUAUUACACUAUUUCGCAAUGGCAUGAGGAAAGUGCAAACACUUUGAUCGCAUAUUCCAUUGUAUAUGCGUCGAUGAUGUUUAAUAUUUUCAUAUUUUGCUACAUCGGUGAACUCGUUACGGAACAGUGUAAAAAAGUCGGCGAGGCAGCUUAUAUGACAAAUUGGUAUGAACUACCGCGUAAAACUGUGCUCGGUCUAAUUUUAGUUAUUAUACGAUCGAACAUAGUUAUCAAAAUCACUGCUGGAACAAUAUUUCAUAUGUCGAUCGGAACUUUCGGUAAUGUAAUUAAAACAUCUAUGGUGUACUUGAAUAUGCUUAGAACUUUAACUAUUGUACAAUUGAAUCGGUGGUUUCUGAAACCGAUAGGCGCGUGGCCGCGAUCCACCACAACUUCGAGCAGCGAGAAAGCCGUCUCUCGCGCUCUAAUAUUCAUCUGUUAUUUUUUAAUAGCUUUCACGGUGGUGCCGUGCGCGUUAAACAUCAUUCUCGAGGAAAAGGAUAUCGAGCUGAAACUCCGUGCCAUCGGUCCACUGAGCCACUGGCUCAUGGGCGCAAUGAAUUAUUGUUCCCUGCUGCUGCGUGGCGCCGAUAUACAUCAAUGCGUGCGACACAUGGAAAUGGAUUGGCGGAUCAUCAGGCGAUCGCGGCAUCGCGAGAUCAUGGUGAGGAACGCGAGACUGGGCAGAUUCGUGGCAGGUUUCUGCGCGAUAUUCAUGCACGGCGGCGUCUUCUCCUACAGCAUCGUGUCCGGGAUGACGACGGUGAUGGUGUCGAUCGACGACAAUCGGAGCGUCCCGAUGCUCCAGCUGCCCUGUCCGUCGUACAGCAAAUUUGUGGAUGCCCGAUUCAGCCCGGCAAAUGAAAUCGUCCUAAUAAUGCAGCUGUUCUCAGGUUUUAUAGUAAACUCUACCACUGUCGGAGCUUGCAGCCUGGCCGCCGUUUUCGCUAUGCAUGCGUGCGGUCAACUCGAUAUUUUGACCUUGCGUCUAGAUAAUCUCGUCGAAGGUAAAGAUGCGAAAGAAAGUGAUACGGCUCAGCGGAGGCUGGCCGAUAUCGUGGACCAUCACUUGCGUGUUUUGAGGUUUAUAGCGCGUAUCGAAGAUGUUAUGCAUCAAAUAUGUCUGGUAGAAUUAGUUGGAUGUACGUUUAACUUAUGUAUGCUUGGAUAUUAUUCAAUUACGUGGUGGAAUAAAAUUGAUGCAAAGAGCAUAGCGGCAUAUAUUAUUGUAUAUAUAUCGAUGAGUUUCAAUAUCUUUAUAUUUUGCUACAUAGGUGAAAUUUUGACGCAACAGUGUAAAAAAGUCGGUGAAACAGCGUAUAUGACCGAUUGGUAUCGCUUACCUCAUAAAACAGCUCUUGGAUUGAUCCUAAUUAUAUCCAGAUCGAGUGCUGUGAUCAAAAUAACUGCUGGAAAAUUAAUUCAACUUUCCAUUGCGACUUUCAGUGACGUUAUCAAAACAUCCCUCGUCUAUCUAAAUAUCUUACGAACUGUUACAACGUAA